AAGGCGUAGUUGAGCGUAGGGUCCUGGCAGCCUCGUUACAAAAACACAUUCCAAUGUUAAAUAUAUAGUUUAUAGUUACAGAAUACAUACACAGUAUCGUUAGAAAUACUGUUCGGAUGGGGGUUUUUUUUGACAUUUUCUAAAAGCUGAACUUAGUUUAACUAUCGCUGUUGUUCAGUUUGAACAGGCAGCGUUUAUGACCUGAGUUGUUCUGCCUUCAUAAAUCGAGGCGGGACUUUGCAAACAGAAGACGAGCCGGCGCAAGAUUAUUUAGACGGUUUUCAGUGUAAGAAAUCUUUCCUGUUAAUGUUUUAAAAAAAAAAAACUAUAUUAUUACACAAUGCUGUCACCAGAGAGGUCGCUGUGCAUGCUGAACCGUGCAAUCGAGUGGUGUACGAGGGAAGAGCGGGGGAUACAGGAGAGCAUUGAUCACUGCAGGCAGCUGCUCCAGCCGAGGAGAAAGGAGACACAGGAAAUCUCUAAGGAAGAUUCAAAACCCGUCGCCAAAGAAGAGCCUGGCCCCCUCCCGGAGGAGAGGCAGGAGGUGGAGUUACUGGAGCGCGUCCUGGAAAAAGCCCUGCGGAUCCGGAGCACAGCCCUCAUUGAGGACCCUGCGGUGCUCGGGAAGGGGAGCCACGAGAAGGAUUGGGGUGCGACUGACUGCACCAGCUACCGUGACACCCAGCGAGCCACGAAGACAAAGAUCUGCAGCGGGGUGCCACAGGAGAGCAGGAAAACAGCAGCCACUAAAGCAGGGCCACAGCGGCUCUUGGGGACGGAGACUAAAGGGGCCAAGCAUCCCGCCACUCGGUCUGCCAGAACGCAGCAGGAGGCGGGGGAAAGCUCUCUGAAAGGGGCGCCCGUGUCCCGCAAGGUCAAGCAGCCCUCUGCGGCAAGCGGCAAGAGACAGCAGUACGGACCCAGCUCUGCACCAGUCUCGUCUUUCCAGCAGGAGUCUGUCAGGAAUCGGGAGCGUUCGGAGGAGAAGCGGGACGCUGCGUCCGGUGGGGAGGAGAGGAGAGCAUUCUCACUCAGAGAGGAUGGAAACACUUUACAGCUUCCCCUGGGCUGGAGAAAGCAGUGCCUGAAACACUCUAGGCUGUGGGACAAGGUCUCUCUUUCCCAAACCAACCCCGGAGUGGAGAGAACGCGUUUUAUUGAGAGACUCCAGAGCAGUUUUCACUCUGAGCUCCCAGCUUGCAGUCCUGCAGAUGUCGGUGAUGAGAUUCUAAAGCUCCAGGGGUCGUGCUCUGCUCUCAGGCGUGGCUUUGUGAAUGAGCAGCAAGCGCAACGCACAGCUUCUGCGAGCUGGGAAAGGGAUUAUGAGAGUAUGCUGACAAUAGAGGCCUUGCAAGAGACCGUAUCAAAACUGCUUUACCAGACCAAAGAGUUAAAGGAAGCGGUGGAGGCAUGGGAGGACGUGUUUCCGGGCGGUUGCUGUUCGCCGGGGACGGGAAGCCUCAGGGGAAAGACAAUAAGUGAUACUCCAGUCCUGCGUUACUCUGGUGUACAGGAACUGAAAGAGCUGGAGAUGCUGAAACACAGCGUGAACGUCCUGCAGCAGCAGAUCGAGAUUCACAAGGUGAUGUCUGAGGAGCUGACCCCCUGGUUUCCCCCCAUGUUGUCCUCGGGACGUCCCGACCCGGCUCUGACACGCGGGCUGUACUCUCUGCUGGGUGAGGGCGGGCAGCAGUUCCCUGCCUUGGUUCUAGACAAUGUGCCUGACUAGAAAAAAAAAAAAAAAAACAACACUGUUGCCUUGCUUAGCGUGCAGCACAUCCAGCGAGACAGAACUGGAAUCGGGGCACUGCUCUGCAUUAAACCCUAAAAACAUCCCUCCAAUAAUUAUUUAAUAUUAUAAAAUAUUUAUUUAAAAAUAACAUUUGUAGUUUUUUUUUUUUUUCUUAUAAGUUCCGGCUCUGAUGCAACAGGCUGUGCUCCAAUGAAUACCAGUGACCUGUGCCUUUCCAAACUGUACGUUAACAUAUUCUGUUGAAUUUUAGUUGAAAAGUUCAUUGCCUGCCACUGCAGUACAAUUUGAAUGUUGAGUUUUAUCUGCAGAGGGCGCUCAAACCCCACUAAAUAACCUGAAGAGCUACCUCAGCUCAUGCACUGUAUUCACAGUUGCUUGACUGUCACAAGGGAGGAGACCUGAACCUACUAUUGCAUUAUGUGUAGCUCCUAGGCGGUGUGGGUGCUUUGGGUCGGUUCAGUGUGGUGUAGUGGUCAGAUUGAUCACUGUGAACUGCACUCUACAGGGACAGACCUGUGUCUGCUCUCUGCAGUAGAGAGAGUGGCUCUAAGUAAUACCCUGUCUGGUAAAGCCUCCUGCAAGGAUUAAAACCCAUCAUUCUUGAGCCAUUUUCAGUGUGAAUAAAUGAGCAAUUUCUAAAAGGGCAACAAGAUCAAUGAGUAGCGGAGCACCAUCAGAAAGCGCUUUAAAAGAUAUGAGACUAGGGUGUGUGAACCAUGCAUCAUCUUGCAGAGUCACUUACAACGUCUCACCCAAAAGACG